AUGGCUUGUCUCUUGUAGCGCUCUCGAUGGCCUCAUCGGGGCGAGACUUCGAUCCACGCACCCGGGCCUUCUCCGACGAGGAGCUCAAACCCCAACCGAUGAUCAAGAAAUCACGGAAGCAGUUCGUUCCGGAUGACCUGAAGGAUGACAAAUACUGGGCGCGUCGUAGGAAGAAUAACAUGGCAGCGAAACGAUCACGGGACGCACGUCGCAUGAAGGAGAACCAGAUCGCUCUCAGGGCCGGCUUCCUCGAGAAAGAAAACAUGGGCCUACGGCAGGAACUGGACCGGUUAAAGAACGAGAACAUGCUGCUGCGCGACAAGCUGAGUAAAUAUACGGACGUCUAACAGUGCGCCGGGCAAGCAACAGCUCGUCGUGGUAUUAAAAAAGAUGCAGACACGAGCGUUUGUUGUGCCAGCUCCUCCCACACUUUAUAGUCGCAGCACUUAGGUUUUUCGCCAGUCCGGAUGACAGAAGAAAUGCUAAAGAAAACAAAAAAAAAGGAAAAGUCAGAAAAAAAUGAAGAUGACGAAGAAAAGAAAGAAGAAGAAUAAGAAGAAGAAGGAAAGGAAGGAGCGCGCCGAAUCACAAGACCAUCCUCGACAAAAUUUCACUUUCCUAGAGGAUCUCCCCCCAUCUACCAUCCUCCUUGAAGAUAUAUCCUUGAACGAACUUCUGCUAAUUCAUCCGCCUUUUCCCUCUUCUUUAUCCCCCCUCACACGCUCAUGCAUACACAAUAAACGUAUACACAUACACAUUAUACCUUUUUCCCUCAUCCCCUUGAUCCUACUCUCUCUCUCUCUCUCUCUCUCUCUCUCUCUCCC